AUGGCUCUUACGAUACCGCUUCAUCAUAAACUCCAGGCGCAUCAUACAAGAAGGUUCAAGAACAGUUGCUUCAUUGUGAAGCGACUGGAUUCGGACCUACUCGUCCUUUCAAAUAAGUACCUGGAAGAAUUGAGCUUCGUCCCCAAAACGAAGUUGAGCAAUGUUCACUCGCAGGUGCAGAAUAUUCUCGGAUCGUACACCUAUAGCACUUUUCUCUUGGACAGCGAUCAACAUGUUCGCGUGGUUCAGAAUUUCUUGACUCCAAAUCUCAAGACCUUCCUUUCGCGAUCAAGAGAAGAGCUUGAUUUUUCUUUUGAACACGAUGUCCCGCAAAUAAACGAAUGGGAACCGGUCGACAUUCAGCCCAUCCUGCAGAAGAUGGUGGCUCGAGUUUCUUCCCGAGUCUUUGUUGGAAGCCCUGCAUGCCGAGACGAUGCGUGGCUGAAACUAUGCUUGGAAUUUCCCAUCAACGUCUUCGCAACAGCUUUUAUCAUGCGCCUCUUCCCUCCUUUCCUUCAUCCAAUCGUUGCAUGGACCCUUCCAACACGAUAUCGGCUCCGGAAAAAUCUGAAGCAUGCAAAAGAGCACGUUGCGCCCAUAGUUGCCCAAUACAUGAGCCGAGGUGCAGCAUCAUCAAGCAAAGAAGAGAUAUCCAGGGAGAAGAGUACGCUACUCGAAUGGAUGAUCGGCAAUGCGCAAGGAAACGAAGCGGAUCUAAACAGCUUGUCGCCACGGCUUAUGUUCCUCUCCCUAGCUUCAAUCCAUUCUACCUCUUCAGCCACUGCAGCUGCCCUCUUCGACCUCUGCGCUCAUCCUGAGUACAUUGCGCCACUACGAGAGGAGAUAAUGGAGAUCACUGGCGGAACCAAUCAUUCCUGCAAAGAAGACCUUCAGAAGCUAUGGAAGCUGGACUCUUUCCUACGGGAGUCGCAGCGGUGCAAUCCACUCACGCUCUUAUCACCCCAGCGCCUCGCCCUGACACCCCUCACCCUCUCCGACGGCACCAACAUUCCCGCAGGCACACACCUCGCGUUCCCCUCAUCCGCCCUUUUCACCGACUCCUCCGUUGUCCCUAACCCGGACACCUUCGACGGCUUCCGCUCCUACCGCCAGCGCCUGCAGCCGGGCGAGUCAACGCGCCAUCUCAUGGUGUCCACCAAUAGGAACCACCUCUACUUUGGCUAUGGCAAGCAGGCCUGCCCAGGACGGUUCUUCGCAGCGAACGAGAUAAAAAUGAUACUUAUCAGGUUUUUGAUGGAAUAUGAUAUACGAUUUGCGGAGGGGAAGAAGAAGCCAAAGUGGUGGACGAUUGACGAGAUGGUGUUUGCGGAUCCGCGUGCGAGGGUUGAGAUGAGGAAGAGGGAUAUUUGAGUGCGUCAGCUACGCUGACUGGAGCCUCAUUCGCUCGACUUCUUCAACGACCGCCUCGACUUCUAUUUAGAUUGUUUCUGUUUCCGUCGCUUUCUAUUUAUGCACUGCUUGUCAUGGAGGUAUUGCCUAUCUACUCUUUACACACUCGCUUUGUAAUCGCUCAUUGAAAGAAACGCAUGGGAGGAAUGUUUGUCAUGGGCAGUUUAUUGGGCGACGAUACCCUGC